GAGGAGCUGGGCAAAGCACAAGACAGUCAACACCCCACCGAGGGGCUCAGAUGUCCUCAGCAAGCACUCAGCGGGGUCCGCCCCUUCCCGUGUGCAUUCGCCUGUUCCCUGGGCGACAGUCAACAACAGGCAGGACCGGAAAACACAGCUGGGCGCAGAUGCUGCCCCAGCCUGGAGAGUUUCUGUCCCAUCAGUCACUCUGAGCUCGGGAUCCGGUCGGGGACCUUGUGCAGGCUUUCCUGGGUUAAGACGAGAGUCUCCAUCAGUCUCUCUCUUUUCUCCCUUUCGCUCUCUCCAGUCCCCCAUGGACAGCCAACACGCUGGGCUCCCCAAAACCACAUCAUCCGGGUACCGAUUGCCCCCUACCAGGCCUCUUGCCUCCGUUUCCAGGGCCGGAGAUGGCCCCACAGCAAGCAGAGGUCUUGCCGGUGGCUGCCAGGGUCCCGCAGCCCUGGGUGUGCAGCAGGACCAGCUGUGGAGGGAGCUCGUGGAAGCCGAGGAGCGAGGCCAGCGGCGUUGGGCUGAGAACUGGGGUUUCCUGAAAGACUACGACUCUUUGGGAAAUAAGAAGGAGCCUGAGGAGCUGCCUGCCGAUGUCCUCUUCUCAGACACACUCCCCAGCUCCACGAGCCGGGAGGUGGGCAGCAGGGUGGACACGCCCCUGGGGAGAGCCCUCACGCACAUGGACUUCUUCUUCAUGGAAGGCACUCGGAAGAAGAAGCCGGAGGAUGAGCUGCAGCCAGUGUAGAGAUCUCGGUGGACCGCAGCAGACCUUGGCUGGAACACCAUACUCGGAAAAGAUCUUGUCUACAUAUCUCUCAGUUUUUUUU